GUAUUCUUAACAACACGCGUACGGUCCUUGGUAAAUAUCUGCUUAAACAGUGGUUCUUCAGGCCUACCCUUGAUCUUGCUGUCCUUGAUGAGCGACAUCGUACAAUCGAAUGCUUCCUUCAGCCCGAUAAUUUGGAUAUUUCAGGGCAGUUUACUACAUGUCUAAAACAUAUAAAAAAUAUUCCAAAGAUCAUUGAAAAUAUGAACGGAAGAUUAAACAUAAAAGAUUGGCAAUCUUUGCUUCAGAUCGAUUUUGACGAAAGCGUUAAAGAAGGUCGGAUUGUUGUCAAACCGCAUGUUGAUGAGGAACUUGAUCACAUGAAAAGAACAUACGACGGUUUGGAUGACUUUUUGUUUGAAGUUGCACGUGAAAUUAGCUCAUCGAUUCCCACCGAGUUUGCAUCCACUCUGAACGUAAUUUAUUUCCCCCAAUUGGGAUACCUUGUCACUGUCCCGUUGAAACCAGAAUGGAGGGAUGAAGAGGAUUUUAAAAUCGAUGGAUUGUACUAUCAAUUCAGUACUGCUACUACUGUUUACUAUAAAAAUGACAGGAUGAGAGAACUUGACGAAUAUUUGGGUGAUAUACAUGGUCUUAUUGUUGAUCGUGAAAUUGAAAUAAUGCAGAAACUUCAAGACCGUAUAUUAGAAUAUGUUCCAUUAUUUUUAAACUCUAGUGCUGUUUGUGCUGAACUUGAUUGUAUAUUGUCUUUUGCGGAAUCUGCAAGACGUUAUGGAUAUAAUCGACCUAUUGUAACAGAUGAAAAUAUUUUAAUAAUUGAAAAAGGAAGACACCCAUUGCAAGAACUUUGCAUUAAUGUCUUUGUUGCUAAUGAUACGAGACUUGUUGGAGGUAGAGGUAUAUUGGACGACGAUGAGAUGAACGAAGACAGUCUUACUGAUGAAAAAGACACAUAUAAUAGUGUCAUGCUAUUAAGUGGUGCUAAUUAUUCAGGAAAAAGUGUAUAUUUGAAGCAAGUCGCAUUGAUCGUUUAUAUGGCGCAUAUUGGAAGCUUUGUGCCAGCAGAGUCGGCCACUAUCGGUCUAACUGAUAAAAUUUUUACUCGUAUUCAAACUAAAGAGACAAUUCAAAGUGCAUUCAUGAUUGAUCUUCAACAAAUAUCGAUUGCAAUUCGUAAUUCGACAUCAAGGUCUUUAUUGAUCUUCGACGAAUUCGGGAAAGGAACUGGCUCUACAGAUGGUGCUGGUUUAUUUUGUGGUGUCAUGGAGCAUUUAUUAAAGCGCGGUAAAGAUUGCCCGAAAGUAAUUGCAGCAACACAUUUUCAUGGUUUUUAUCAUUUCAAAUACAUUUCUAGUGUUCUUGUGGUAGUUAUAUUCACAGUCAAUAAUAUUAUUUACUAUUCUAACUAUCAAGAAAUUUUUGAGAAUAAUCUCCUUCCUCAAUCUCUCCCGAUUUCACUAACUACUAUGGAAAUCAUGGACGAUGACAAGGACGAAGAGUUGACUUUUUUAUACCGUCUUAUACCCGGUCGGAGUACUUCAUCUUGGGGCACAUUUUGUGCUACACUAGCCGGUGUUCCCCCUAAUAUUGUUAAAAGAGCAACACAUUUAUCUCACCUUUUUUCUCGAUACGAAUCUAUCCCACCGCCUUUCGUCAACGAUCGUGAACGUCGUUUGUAUGCUACCUGCGAACAAGUGGCAAGAAAAUUCUUGGAAUUGGAUCUAGAAAAAGCGGAUACAGACAUAAAUAAUUUUCUGGAAUGG